UUGGAACUGCAAAAACAUAAUUCAGAGAGAGAGGGAGAGGAGAGAGGAGAGAGGAGAGGAGAGGAGAGAGGAGAGAAGGGAGAGGGAGGGAGAGAGCUUUGUUGAGAGUGGGUCUAGGAGUGAAAGGAGGAGGGAGUGGAGCGAGGAUUUGGGCGAGAAAUGGGAGAGAAAAAUAUAUUCAGAGUGCUUAGAUUUGCAUGGUUUGAAUUUUAAAAAAAGAAGGUUUUUUUUUUUUGGUGGUGUGUGGGUGGAUGGGUGUGUGUUUGAUUUCAUCAUCUCUCUCUCAGACAAACAACUGUGUUUGAGAAAAAUCAGGAACCCAUCAGAUACUCACUUUCUUUCUCUAUCUACCUACAAUCUUUGCUGAAAAAUUGGCUGGGCUUGUGGGGGUUGUUCCUCCCUGCUCUAUAAGUUUUGCCAAUCUUGACUUGCACAAGUUGAGAGAUUUUAGGUAAAUCUUUGAUGGGUUCUUUGUGGUUCCUCUAGAUUUUGCAAUUGGGUGUUUUUUUUACCCUCCAGAUUCCUAGAUUUUGAUUGUUUCUUUCAAAAUCAUUUGGUUCAGAUUUGGGUCUCUCCCUGAAACUCUGCAUUUGGGUUUGUUUGAAAGUUUCUUGUUAUGUACACAUUUUGAUGGCAUUGAAGAAGAAUGGCACAGGAGGAGCAAAACCAUAGGUGUAGUGGGAGUAGCAGUGGCGGUGGUGGAGGAGGAAGGCCCAGCAAAAAGCCAAAACAGAAGAAAAUCCCACAGAGGGGACUUGGUGUGGCACAGCUUGAGAAAAUCAGAUUGGAAGAACAAAACAAGAAAAACAGUCCUGCUGCAUUUUUCUCAGAUUCCUCCACCUUAUCCUCAUCCAACCCUUCAUAUUCAUCACUCUCACUCCCCAAUUACCAUCACUCCCACUCUUCCUCAUUGAUCCCUUUUCCUUCUCCCUCCCCACCCAAUCGUCAUUCCCCAACCUCUCAAUUUAGGCCCCCAAAUAUAGAUGUUGCCCACUCAAACACUGUUCCAUUGCCCAACCCAAUCUCCAAUGGGGGAUUUAAGAUUGGGUUUUCGCCUUCCAUAUCAGUGUCUGGCCAUGGAAAUGUUCCCAAAUUGUGGAACCAUGAGUUAAAUCUUGAAGGGGAGAAUCCUAGAGUGGAUCAUGGGCUAGUUUUUCAGCCGCCUUAUGAAUCAAACCCCAUUUGGCCUCUCCCUGCUCUGAUGCAAAGGGCACAACCAUAUCAGCAACCUUCUUGUUCAUUGGUCAAUGUCUCAUCAGGAACUUCAUCAUCACCUAUACCAAAUUUUCAGAUAGAGCCCCCUUCAAACCAAAGCUAUUAUGGCAACAACUACACAUCCAUGUGGCCAGAGGAAGAGAAGAUGGUUGGGGUGAAGAGGCCAUACUCAUUCUCUCUGGAUAAUCCACCAGGCCCCUCUUUCAACUCCAAAUUUCCUACCUUUGAUGCUCCUAUAAGAUCAGAUGAAUCAGCUUCAUAUGGAAAUGGAGGCACAUUCAUUUUGGAUGUCGGAAAUGCCAUUUUCAGAGAAGGCCCUUCAUGCUCAACUUCAUUGUCUGAAAUUGAAUCAAAGAAAGGCAUUAGAGAAAAUGGGGGUUCCAAUGGGGACUUUCUCACAUUGGCACCUCCCUCCAUCACUUCACCACACCCAAAUACAAGAUCAAAGCAGCCUCCUGGUCAUCCAGCCUACUACAACAAAGACUCCUCCGAAUUCGAGUCCUUGCCCUACCAAGGAAACACGGGCGACCCAAUUAGGCCGCACCCAACAGGGCCACUCCAGCAUCAGCAGCAGCGGCAGCAGCUGCCUUUCUACAAUUUCCUGCAGCCAGCAAACCCGCAAAAUGGCCCAGCAGCAACCAGUUCAAGCAAUUGCAAUGGUGGGGAAGUAGGAGGAAGUGUUGACCUCAACCUAAAGUUGUAAAUGGCUUGCCCUAGCCAAAGGCAAUUUCUGGUGGUACCUUGAUAGUUCUUUCUCUGCAUUAAGCCAUUCUAGGAUGGUUCUCUUCUAUCUUUUGUGUUCUAUAUGACUUAGCAGUAGAGUAGACACCUUGAGUUUGAAAAAGACCCCAAAAUCUUGAGCAUGUGAGGAUGAUAAAAGAAACAAAAAGGGGUUGUAGAUUUGCUUGUUUGGAUUCAUGGGCUCUCUCUCUCUCUCUCUCUCUUUCUCUUUCUUUUUCUUUUUCUUUUUUUUGAGAUUAUGGUGAAGUUUAAUGGAUAUGUGUAUUUUGUGUUUGGUUUUGGUUAGUGGGUGAGUGAGGGAUUCACAUUCACUCCAUUGGUAACAAACUUUUUGCAUGUGGACUUGUGGGGAUCUGAUUGUGCCUUGUCUUUUAUUGUUUUGGUAGGGUCCUCAAAUCUCAUCUCCAUUAUUGCUGCAGAUGAGACACAGAGAGACUCAGGCUGAAGAGGUCAUGGUUUGAGGUGGUGGGAAGAAGAAGAGAUCACAAACUAUUACAAAUGUAAAAUUCAAGGGUGAAUUGAUCCCAAGAAAAUUUACUGAUUCAUGGUGAUAAGUUUGUAAAGACAAAUGUUUUUUAUCCUUGAA